CUCACGAGUCCUGUUGGUGGCGGUAAUGCUUCUUACAGCGGGCCUGCCACUCACCGUUACCCACUAGAAGAAGAAAAAGAAGCCGACCACGGUUCUGGAAGCUUAAGAAAUGAAUUCAACCUGAUAUUUUUCUGCUGCAUGACUGCGUGUUCUGCGGGAUCAUCCGGUCCAUGCAGCCUAGAGAGCUCUAACUGCGGCUCAGCUCUUCGUGUCUCUGCGGAACCGAAGGACCAUGUCGGCCCACAAAACAAAGAAGGUUAAAAUGGCAACUAAAUCCUGUCCUGAAUGUGACCAACAGAUUCCAGUUGCUUGCAAAUCCUGUCCAUGUGGUUAUGUCUUUAUAAGCAGAAAACUUCUAAAUGCUAAACUCAAUGAAUGUCCGUCACCGGCUAUUGCAGACCAACUGGACUUUAAGCGCAGAAGAACAGAACGAAUUCGCAGAGAAAGGAUUGGCUCCCCUUUAACCAGUGACUCAGAAAACCACAGAAGAGCCCGAGCCAAUAGUCAGUCGGAUAACAUUCGGAGAGGCCGUGGUCGCCCCAAGACUGUGGGCCUGAAGAAACAAGAAGAAGAGAAAGAAAAACAAGAAAAGGAAGUGGACAUGUAUGCCAGCCUUUCUGAUGAAAAGGCAUUUGUCUUUUCUGUGGCCUUGGCUGAGAUCAACCGGAAGAUCCUGGGUCAGAGACUUAUCUUAUAGAUCAAGACCAAUGAGGAGAUCAGAACUUGAGUAUAAUGUAUAAUAUACAUGAGAAUAAAUAGUGGAUACUUGACUCAGAUGUGGGAUAAAAAGGGCACAACUUGGAUUUGGCAAGAAAGCCUUGACCCUUUUCUUAUGAAAAUCUCUGGACCUUAAUAGUUGACAAAACCGUUUUACAGGAUAUGUCUUUUUGAAAUAACCAAAGACUCCAGAACUGGCUAGAGCUCAUGCUUCACUUGCAAAAAGAGAAGACAGUUUUGGGCAUCUUCUUUAAUGGAUAUGUAAAAUGGAUUAAAUAAGAAUGUUGUAAUGACUUGGGUUGUUGUUUAUAUGUUAUGUAUUAAAAGGCCACUAACUCCUGUGUCUUAAUUUUAUAUCCAAUUCUAUAACAAACUAUUUGUUUUUGCUGUUAAUCAGAUAAGCUGUUUCAAUUUGAAUAUCGCACCUACAAAAAGUGUACAUUCAUCUAUGAUAUGGAUUAUUAAAUAAAGCAUAUGAGGAAUAAAACCAAUCUUCCAGUGCUCUAUUGUCACUGUCGCUCAGUCAGGGCUGUAACAUUUAAUGACAGAAUAUGUUCUUGUACAAGCAAAGGUUUUUCAUCACUUUAUCAUACUUGCUUUCCCUUACAAGAUCGGGGGAAAGGAAUUAAAAUUAUGUGUGUGCUAAAGCCCCUUUUAUUACCCAGUGGCUCAAUGACACCAUGUCUUUUCUGAAGCUAGAAAAGAUCCGAUAUUCAGUAAAAGGUAAGGUUGUUUGUUUGUUUUUGUUUUUUAUUUUAUUUUUUAUUAGAUUUUAUUUUUUUCUUUUCUGAGGGGCUUUAUUUAUAUUUAAUUAUAGCUUAUUAAGAUCUAUGUUUAUUUAGUUGUUACUAUUCCGAUGUUUAUUUAGUUUUAUUUUCUUUUAGUUGCGUGAUGUACUGUUCGUACCACUUAAUUUACAAAAACACCCUGGGAGUUUGACUAUAUGCCUUGUUCUCAACUCUUCGAGAUGCACAGUACCUUUAUGGUGCCAAUAUGUACAUAUUGUUACUUGCUAUGAUACCCUAUGUGAAAAGGAUGUACAUAUGGAUACACAUCUCUUGUUGUAAUGUGCAUUACUUCCUAAUAAAAAUAUGGGAAAAUAAAA